AUGUUUGCAACUCGUUAUGGUGGUUUAGGUGGUUUAGGUGGUUUAGGUUCCACAAAGAGAAGUGAUCACCUUGAACAUGAUUGGGAUUCAGAUUGGUUACCUGACAUUGAUGCCUUUGAUCACGGCGGUAAAUUUUAUUGCAACGUUGACUUGCCGGGAGUUAAGAAAGAUCAGUUCCACCUUGAAAUUGACAACGAAGGAAAUCUCGUUCUCACGGGUGAUCGCCAACCCGAUGAAAGUAUCAAAGAUUUGAAUUCACGCAUUCAAGAACGUAAUUAUGGUCGUUUUCGUCGCACUAUUGGAUUACCUUUGGGAUCUGAUAUUGAUAAUAUUAAAGCGAGAUGCGAAAAUGGUGCUUUAUACAUUGAGGUUCCCAAAAAACCUGAUGUUCAUCGUAGAAUUCAUAUCGAAUAA